GUGGCGAAUCGGCCAAGGCAAAAUAAGAGUCAGCGAUCGAUGAAGCGAGGGCACGGGAUGCUGGCGCAGGUUGCGGCGUCGCAGUGGUUGUGGAGCCUGGAGCAGGCAACGGAGGCGGUCCACUUUUCCCCCCAGAUACUUUCCCGCAGAAGCAGCCAAGAUUACGUAAUAAUAACGAGGAAGCUCAGCCAAGCUCGGUGCGAGCCACCCACACUCCCUGGUAGCCAUCCGCACGGGCAGCCUCGUACCCGAGGUGUCCUAAUUUUUUGUCCUCUAGGUGGCCAUCUGACCGCCUUUCCUCCUCCGCAGAACUGGGAACCCGUUGCCUCCUGCGACUUAGGUUGGAAGUUAGGUAGUUUUCGGUAGUUGCGGAGUAGUUUCGAAAGGGUAGAUCGGAUCCGCCUGUGUCACCCACCGCCAUGGCCAAGGAAGGUGCCGCUGCUGGAGCUGCGAUGGACAUCCACUCUGCUUUGAAGGAGGUGCUGAAGAUCGCCUUGGGCCACGACGGCCUGGUAAGAGGGAUCCACGAAGCUGCCAAAGCAUUAGGCAAGCGCCAGGCCCACCUCUGUGUGCUGGCAUCCAACUGUGAUAAGCCCACGUACACCAAGUUGGUGGAAUCCCUUUGUGCUGAGCACCAGAUCAACCUGAUUAAGGUUGAUGACCACAAGAAACUCGGGGAAUGGGUAGGCCUCUGCAAAAUUGAUCGGAAGGGGAAACCCCGGAAAGUAAUAGGUUGCAGCUGUGUGGUGGUUAAGAGCUAUGGCAAAGAGUCUCAGGCUAAAGAUGCCAUCGAAGAGUACUUCAAAUGCAAGACAUGAACGGCAAUAAAAUCGGCUGCUUUUCGUUUUAAGUUCCUAAAAACAUAAAAAACAUAGAAAAGUAGCACUAUCUCAAACUCUUGCGUUUUCGUUGGAAAUAAUAGCGCUCUUUCGGUUUUCUUCCAAAUGUAAACUUUGCAUAUUAUGUUCUUGUUUGUAAUGGAAAUCAUCUGUUUGGAAGUUUACAAACUGCUUAAGAUUUGCUCUAGCAUUAUUAAGGUUUAAUUGACAACCUUAUAUGUAUGUUUGAGGCCAGCCUGGUCUACAAAAGCUAGUUCCAGGACAGGCUCCAAAGAUACAGAGAAAUCCUAUCUCAUAAAAACAAAAGACUUUAAUUCCAGCACU